AUGCGGAUUUGCUCAAUACAUUUUAAAGGUGGUAAACCGGCUAAAUGCUAUGAUGAAAAAAAUCCAGAUUGGAUUCCUACUAUAAAAAUGGGUUAUAAUACUAAUACCAGCAAAGCUAGUACACCUAAAUUAGAAAGAUAUCAUCGGGCAAAUAAGAGAUUGAAAUUGAAACCAACUUCAUUAUUUGAUGAUAAUCCUUCAAGUGAAGUCGGUCCAGUUGAUCCACGUAAUAAUAUGAAUAUUGAAGAACCUAUUGUUAUUUCUAGUGAUAAUCAACAUAUAGAUAAUAUGGAAACUGGUACUUCUUGCAACACAGAUUUAAAAAUGGCUGAUAUAAAAGAAUUGUUGCAACUAAAAACCAAAUUCACCAAAUUGCAAAAUGAUCUUAACUUUUAUAAUUUGUCUGAAAAGUCCUUUGAUGGACGUGAAAAAAUAUUCACUUAUUAUACUGGUCUAGAAUCAAUAGCAGUUUUCAAUUUAAUUUUGAAUUAUAUUAAACCAGGACUGACUUCUAAAAACCCAAGAAUUUCUGAAUUCCAAAAACUGUUGUUGUGCUUAAUGAGAUUGAGAUUGAACUUGCCAUUAACAGAUAUAGGUUUUAGAUUCAACAUUUCUUGUUCAACUGCAUCACUUAUAUUUCGUAAAGUCAUAUUUAUUAGAACACAUGUUCAAAAAGUUAAUUUAUUGGCCUGA